GGACCCCCGAUUUUUGAGUUUUCGGAUCUGAUGACAUCGACAACAACCUCGCUGAUUCUCCGAAAGUACACAGCGAUCACACACGCACACAAUCAACCUCUCUCCGCUUCAUGACACGAUAGUUGUAUAACCUCGCCUCAUACUACCCCCAAGCAAUCGAUCGACGCUUGUCCGAUCUACACGCCGAUCCGCACUCGCUGCCAACCGGACCGUCGCAUCCUCUUGGGAGACAAACACGCCUCGAAAGCUCUCAUUAUGAUGGUCGACACAUCGACGGUGUGGGCGUCGCCCAAAUUCACCUUUCAGGACGAUCCCGUGGAUGGCAACGACGAUCCGAGCGCACACUUUAGCUCUUUCCCAGAUAUUCUCGAACAUCAGUCGUCGACCAAGUCUCGAUCGGGGUCGUCGUCCGGUUCGAGACUCGACGCGAGCUCGCCUCGAUCCGUGUCUCCUCUGCGCGCAGACGAUCGUUUUGCUGGGAGUCCCGGAGAUACGGGCACGCACAGUACAGGAAAUCAGACGGGUGUAGAGUUUGUCCAUGGGUUUCCGGGGAUGCCUUAUGGUCAUGGUGCCCGGAGGGACUCGGCGUCGUCGACCACGAUCGGAAGGAUGGGCAUGAAUACGAGACCGUACAGUCCCUCUUCGGCGGGAGGUGACGCAGGAGGCAGAUCGACACAACGCAACAGCUUUGAUUCAAAGAGUGGAAUUAUAUCGACCCCUCGAUUCUCGAGACCCAACUCGCCCCCAACAUUGCCCCUUAUGAGGCAAUUUUCUUCCGGACAAGCACCUCAUCCAGGUCUGCGGACGCCUUACUCGGAUCCCUUGAUACCUGUACCUACGGCAUCUUCCUCUUCCUUCAGCACCAACCAUCAUCCGCACUUUCAGCACAACCCGCACAUCGGCUCUUCGUCCAUACAUCAGACACAUACCCACCACCCGCAACACCAUCCUCACCACCACAACCCUAGCUUUACAUCCCCACAUUCGUCCUCUCGUCACUCUGGAGAGCACUCGCCGACAGACAACCUGAGCGGAGUCGGACGACUAUCCGAUCAGCGAGGAGACGACGAGGUCCAGCCCGAAGUACUCGAUCUCGUCAACGUCAAUGAAGGAGUUUCAGACGACGAAGACGAUGAUUUCGAAGACAGGACUACUUUUAGCAACGGCGCGCUCAAGGACGAGCCUCCCACCCCUCGAUUAUCUCAUAACAUGCACGAGCCACAUACGCCCGCUGCAUAUCAGGAAGCGCAGAGGCUCUUAAAUCAGGUCACCAAGAACCUGAGUAGCAUGUCCAAAUCCACUACGUUGGGCGGUAACACGUCGCAUUCACCGGCGAGCCUGAUGGCUGAGCUCAGACGGAACUCUGGAGAAGGUUCCGACCUUGCACGCAUACCGAUGAGUCCGCUAGAGGAUGAAUCGGGCAGGGCCGGAAAUACCAAUUUUCUGGUAGAGAUGGCUAAAAUGAGCACGAGCAUGAACGGCCAACCGGUACACGCGCCCGGCCACCUACAUUCUCUCGAUCCUGUUCAGAUGGACGGGAUCGCGGUGCACGACCUGCAGAUGAUGGGGUUACCUCAACCGCCCUCUGCGAUGGGGAACUUCGACUUUGACGACGAUGACGGCGAGCAGGACGAGGAACCGUUGUAUGUAAAUGCCAAGCAGUAUCACCGGAUCUUGAAACGGCGAGCCGCUCGAGCGAGGUUGGAGGAGAUGAACAGGGUGGUGAAAGAACGCAAGCCUUAUCUCCAUGAAUCCCGUCACAAACACGCUUGCUCCCGCCCUCGAGGCCCAGGGGGAAGGUUCUUGACCGCUCCCGAGAUCGCGGCCCUCAAGGCUAAAGAAGAGGCCGAGGCCAGUGCGAAGCCUCGACCCGAAGUCGGUCCCGGUGGCGAUUCUGUGAGCGGGACCAGCCCCUCCGAAGGUGGAGAGGACACUACCGGCCGUGUAACAACGAAACCGGUGGGUAAGGGGCCUUCGGCAAACGCGUCUCAGGGGCCGGUCGAUAUGGAUUGGAAUUGGGCAGGCUAGAGAACGAACGCACUCAACCACACACACACACAUAUACACGACUUUUUGCGCAUCCGUUGUAUCGAAUUACCACAUACCGGCAAAUUACAAUCGCAUGAACAGACAAUACGUACAUCAUUUCGACGC